CUGACGUUUCGCUUUUAAAAGAAGUCUCCCUCAUUUAAGCUCUGGAUCCUUUUGGUGCGGGUGAAGAAUAUCCUCGCUCUCUCUGUUGUCACUUACGAGUUUUUGGCAUAUUGUCCUGCUCUGCUGUGCCACUCGUUUCAACGUGGUUAUUUGUUUUUCACGCUCGCUGCCUAAAUUUGAGAAGCGAAGGGGAGAAAUAAUCGCAUGCAAUAUGAAUUGUCAUCGCUCUAAUGGACUGUGCCUGUGACAUCUCAAGCUGGAUCGUGUAAUGGACUGCCCACGUUUGCUCUUUUAGAUUAUUCUACUUCGUGCAGGUACCACACUUUUGCAUUUGGAUUAUUUCCGUGCAGCUUCGAUGACUCUGCUGUUAAAGGUAUUUGACUUUUCUUCUUUGCAUGUGAGCUGAUUUCAGAUAUUUCAAGAUAUUUUUUGAAAGAAACAUUAAGCUUUACUAAUUAACGAUAAAGAAAAUUCAAAAUGUAUUAUAAUAGAAGUCGAUCUCCUGCUCCUUAUAAUUCGGGUCUUUCAUCGUACAGCAAUUUUAGCAGUGAUUUGACUACCAGAACUUUUUCCCCACGUAAUCGAUCCAUUCAACGAGUUCUGGACACGGACUUUGCAAUACCUGAACGUUCCAGAAGUCCAGUUCGAGAUUAUACGGCCCCUGUUACCCGUGCUACAAACUAUAGGCCUUUGCCAUCAUCGCUAUCUGGUGAUACAUCUCCCGGAUUGCGCCGGAAAGAGAUAAGCUUGACGAGUGAUUCUCGUAUGUCCCCUGUUAAUUGGUUGGGAGAUGAUUUUUCAACGAAACCAAGAAGUUAUUAUGAUUUUCCAACAAUUCCAACACAAUACAGCUCGUACUCAAAUUCUGUCAUUAAGAGACCCAGAAGAACAGAUUAUUCGGAUUAUUUCCGACCAGCAAUGCAAAGCAGGCCGAUGUUGAGAUCCGAUUUUAUACCCAAACCUCGAGCCGAACGGGAAAAGGGAGCGAUGCCACUAGUUCGGGAGCGAAAACUCAUAAAAUUCCGCGAAAUAACAAAUGAUAUAUUGAGCAAGGUUAAGAGAAAAGUAUCCUGGGAUUUACCAGAAGAUAUUAGUUCACCUUUAAUAAAUGAAAUGAGAAACAAAGAAAAUCAAGUCAAUGACGAAAUUAUUGACCCCGUGAGGAGUAGAGAUAGCAGUGUAUCGAGACGUAAUUCUAAAGAUGUGUUGACUCUUGAAAGUAAUUUAUCGAGUUACAGUCCUAAAGAACCACGUUCUCGAGAUUGUAGUUUAACGAGAUAUGGUUCUCCAAAACCUGAUUCUGGUUCUCCUUCAGUUUCACGUCGUGUUUCUGAUCAUAAUAUAGAUGUUUCACGUCGUGUUUCUGAUCAUAAUAUAGAUGUUUCACGUCGUGUUUCUGAUCAUAAUAUAGAUGUUUCACGUCGUGUUUCUGAUCAUAAUAUAGAUGUUUCACGUCGUGUUUCUGAUCAUAAUAUAGAUCCACUGUCUCCAAGAAAUCUAAUGCGCUUGCAAUCGUCUAGAUUAAAAGAAAAUUCCGUAGAUACUGUCGAUUUGACUAAUUUGCAGUCGGAUAUGGAAUUGACAAGCCACCCAAAAAUAGUUCCACCACCUCGUAAAAAAUCGUUAGGAUCACUACCUCAUAUAAAGAAACAUAGGAAAUCUUCAAUAGAAAACACAGCAGCAGAAGAAAGGAGUUUAAAUUACAGUAUAAUUGCAGACCAAAUCCGGAGAAGUCGUGAAUCGUCUGAUGGUACUCCAAAACCAAGUAGUUGUUUGACUUCUAGUGUAUCAGUUACACCUGACACACUAACUGAUAUUUCUUGUGUUAAUGAAAAACCUAUCGAUCUUAUUUCGGAUAUUUCCAAUGCCGAUAUGAAACCUGAUCGACUUCCACGUCGAAGACGACGCAUUCAACUUGAAAAUGAUACCACAGAGCCGGAAACUCCUGAAAGUGUAAAGACUCGUCGAAGACAACGUAAUCGAUCUGAAUCAGCAGAUCCUUCCCUUGCGCGGGACCCUAUGUCUAGUUCUCCUUUGAAUGAGCCCCCUCGCCCUACAAACAGAAUGCACAGGAAGUCUGUCAAAUAUAAACCAGAGAGACCAAUACGUCGUCGCUUGUCUAAAGAACCUGAUGAUGACUUGGAUCAGAUGUCUGCAUUGCCCCCUGAUAUUAGCAAAGACUCUUUACCGAAUACAAGUCGGAAAAACUCGUUUCCGAAACUUCUACCUGAUUUGAAACCUGAUGACGAGAGAAAAAAAGUAGAUUCUAGUAGUAAAAAGGAAAAUUGUCAAUUAUCCGAAAAAAAUCUGCUUAAAAUUAAAGGAAAUGAUGCUGGAGGUGUUCAUAAGAAUGUAGAAAUUUUACGCUCGGAAAAUGAGCAAAUAAAUAAAGAGAAAGAAAAUGCAAAAACUCUCGUGACGAAUAAAAUGUGUAGCACAAAUUUAAAUUCUAAACAUUUAGGUCCUGAAAAGUUAGUUGACACAUCAGUGGAAAAAAAGUUAGAAAUAAUGUGCAAUAAAACUAAACCCACUGUAGGAUCAGAUGCAAAAAUUAAAUCAAAAAACUCCAAAGCAAUAGAAUCCUCCGCUUCUACAUCCGAUUUUAAUGAACGAAAUUCUACUCCCAUUGCCGAUGCGGUGUCUAGCAAGCUCAGUUCUAGGACUUCAACCGAAAAACUUUUAAACAAAACUGCGUCUAGUUCCGACACUGAAAAAAUAAAACCAUCAAAAACUAAUGAAAUUUCUAAAAGUGUUAGUGUGGCCGUAGAAUCUAAAGCCAAUAAUAAAACCAUUGAAACUGUAAAAAUGCCUCCUGCCUUAUCUAAUUUAAAUGCUGAUGCUACCAAGCAAAUUAAUUCAACUUCUGGUGGCGUAAAAACUAAAUCGGUAGACAAAAUAUCAAUAAACGAUAAAGCGAUAAAUGAAGGUACAGUAAGUUGCACCAUUGAAAAGCAAAAAACAUUAGAAUCUGCCCCGGUUGCUAUCAGAUCUAAUGAGUUAAUAGAUAAAACAAAAAAUAACAAAGCUAUAAAUGAAAGCGUUGAUACAUUAAAAUCAAAAACUGCCAAAACUGACAAUCUCAAAACCGUUGUAUCAGACAGCCAUAUUGCAGAUAAAACUAAAUUUUCAUCAAAAGAUAAUGUUAAACUUAGUACAUCUGACAAUAAAAUAAGCAUUAGUCAUUCUGGAAAUACGGUGCAAGAUAAGCCAAGUUUUACCUCUGCGAAAUUAGUAAACGAAACUAAAGUUACUGAAGAAAUAUCAAAUCUAAAAUCUAAAGAAAUUAAUAUUCCUUCUGAUAAAAUUCCAGUAAUCAAAAAACUGUCAUCAAAUGAUGCAUGUAAAGAAUUAUCUAUAUUAGAAACUAAUAAGCGAAAUAAUCUCACUUGCCCUGUUAUUUCAACUUCUAAAGAAUUGUCUUCUCAGAAUGCUAACAACGAUGCAUCAAUGACCAAAGUUGAAGCAAAUAAAGUGUUAUCGAAAAGUGAUACAAAAAACAAAAAUAUCCCCAUUGAUUCAUCUAAGCAAACUAUAUCUUCGAAAUUAAGUCAUGAAUAUGUCUCACGUGAAAAUCAAAUGGUAUCCGAUAACUCCACUGCACUUUCAACUAAAUCAUUUGGUACUAAUGAUACUUAUUCUGAAAAGCAAAUGAACACUACUCCUGCAUCAUUGCCUUCUGGUAAUUUAUCGGAAGCAGGCACCAAUAACUCGAGCAAAACUGUUUUAAACAAUGAUGUAGGGAAAACCAAGUCUUCGAAAGACCAAACGAUUGGCCUUGCAUCUUCACUAAGUGCCAAGACUGGGAAAGCAGUGACAAAAGAUGAGGAAAUUGUAGUGGUUUGUAAAUUACCCCCUAAAAAACCAUUACCAACUGCGAAGUCUAGUGUUGAAUCCGAUGUGCAUAAAAACAUUCCAGUUGAUCAAAACGUAAUUGUUUCUAUUGUAAAUGCUAAAACUGUUGUCGUUGCUGAAAAGGGACUUGAUUAUGAAACUAAGGUCUCGCGUGAUACUGAAUCCAUCAUUCCAACUAAAAGAGUGUUACCCUUCUCAAAAAUUAAAUCAGCGACUACAGAAUUGACGUCUGAUUCGAUAGGUUUGAAAAAGAAUCAAGUCGGUAGGGUGCGAGGCUCGGUUAGUGUUGCCCAUACUGUUGUUUUAAAACCGAAGUCAUCGAAUAUGAACUCUUCAUCGCAACAAAUGAAAAAUGAUUCCAACACAGCAAUAUCUGCUGUUCGUCUGAAAUCCAUUCCUGAUGUUAUUCAAACUGCUGUUAGCACAGCUUCAAAAGCUACACCACAACAAAAUGACUUUAAUAUCAGAAGUAAUGCUGAUUCUUCUGAAAAAUCCUUCAUUGAUAAACCACCUGUUCUUCCUUCCAUAAGUAGCAAAUUACCUGUUGAUGUACCUGAUUUGAUGAAAAAUACUGAAAAGCCCUGUCCACGUAACCAGAUAUCGAUGGACUUAACUAAAAAGGAUCUUCCAGUUGUUCAGGAAUCCUUACCAGACAAAGUGAAUGAUAUUUCUGUUCUGAAAAAGACACAUGUUGAAGUGUCUAAAAAACCUGAUUUGAUAGAAGUGAAAAGUGCUGUUAAAGAUCCUGGUAAUAAAGUAACUGCAGAUAAGAAAGAAAAAGCUCCAUAUGGUGUAUCUAAACCUCAACUAGAAAAUAAAGUAGAUGCGGAUAAGAAAGAAAAGGCUUCAUGUGGCGUAUCUAAACCUCAACUAGAAAAUAAAGUAGAUGCGGAUAAGAAAGAAAAGGCUCCGUGUGGUGUAUCUAAACCUCAACUAGAAAAUAAAGUAGAUGCGGAUAAGAAAGAAAAGGCUCCGUGUGGUGUAUCUAAACCUCAACUAGAAAAUAAAGUAGAUGCGGAUAAGAAAGAAAAGGCUCCGUGUGGUGUAUCUAAACCUCAACUAGAAAAUAAAGUAGAUGCGGAUAAGAAAGAAAAGGCUCCAUGUGGUGUAUCUAAACCUCAACUAGAGAAUAAAGUAGAUGCGGAUAAGAAAGAAAAGGCUCCAUGUGGUGUAUCUAAACCCGAAUUAGAAAAUAAAAUAGGUGCAGAUAAGAAAGAAAAGAUCCCAUGUAGUGUAUCUAAGCCUGAACUAGAGAAUAAAGUAGGUGCCGAUAAGAAAGCCCCUUACGAUAUAUCUAAACCUGAGCCAGAAAGCAAAAUUACUGCAGAGAAGAAAGAAAAAGCCCAAUGCAUUUUGUCUAAAUCUGAUCUAGAAAAUAAAGUAGCUGCAGAAAAGAAAACCUCAUUCGCUGUGUCUAAACCUAGUCUAGAAAGCAAAAUAACCGAAGAAAAGAAAGAAAAGGCUCCAUACAUUCAGUCUAAACCAGAUUUAGGAAAUAAAACAACUAUAGAUAAAAAAGCUCCAAACAUUGUUUCUAAGCCUAAUCUAGAAAACAAAAUAACUGAAGAGCAAAAAGAAAGUAUCCCACGCAUUGUAUCUAAACCUGAUCAAGAAAAUAAUGCAGCUGCAGAGAAGACAGCUCCAUGCACUGUAUCUAAACCUGAUCUAGAGAGCAAAAGAAUUGCUGAUAAGAAAGAAAAGGUUCCAUGCUCUUUAUCUAAACAAAAUCUAGGAAACAAAAUAACAGCAGACAAAGACAAAGUUCUACCUGGUUUAACAAAACCCCAGACUGAGGAAAAGGUAGCUUUAGAUUUAAUUCCCGCCUCAUCGUCCGAUGUUAAUAAAAACGUGAAAAUCGGUACUUCCAAAGCCAAGGAUGUUAAAAAAUCAACAGAAAUUGUAGACUCUAAAAAGGCUAAUACUGACUCGAAGCCUUAUAAGAAAUCCUUUACCAGCCCUGAUAUCCAUACUGCCCUACAAAAUCAUGAUAAAAAUCUUGCCGCUAAAGAUUAUACUACAAGUACAGGAACCAAUUUUAAAGAAAAGAACACUGCAUCUUUAUCUUCUGGCUGCGUUCCUACCACACUUCUAGAAAUCAACAAAAGUCAUAAGGAUGAAAAUGGACUUUUAAAGAAAGAAUUAGGUGGAAGAAACAAGAUUGAUAUUGAGAUUGAUCUAAAUAAAGGCAAAAUAUUACCACAGAUAAACAAACCUUCUGAUGAUAAAAAUGGUAUUCUUCCCAUUCGAUCUUCAGCAAUUCCUCCCCCUGAAUCAUUGUGUGCAGAAAAAGGCAGCAAAAAGGAAACUGCUUCAAAAAUAUCAUCAGAUUGUACCAUUAAUACUAACUUAAAUUUCAAUACAAUCAAUAAAACAGAGGACGGUAAAGGAACUAUUAAAAAGUCCGCACUAAUUGAUAAACAGAAUUGCGAUCCCAAUAAAUCGGUUCUUCCUCCAUCGUCUAAUAUUUGCAUCAAUACUGAAAGAAAUAAGAUUGGAAUUUCCUCUGGUGAAAAAACUUCCACAGUUACGGUGUCGAAGAGUUCUACGGAAAAUACGCAGUUAAAUCAAUCGAACAAGACAGUCAAUGAUACGAAAGAACAAACGCACUUUUCACAUGAACUACCUCAAAAUGGUUUUAAAGCUGAAACUAAAGAAAUUUCACUGAAAAAUGCAGUGGACAAUCAUUCCAAUAAAGAACUCUUGAAAGAUUCAAUUGUGCCUGAAUGUAAAACCCAAGAUCAGCUACUCAAAGAAGUAACAGGUAAACAAGUCAAAGAAUCUUCAAAUACAAACGAAAAUACUCUUGACAAUUUCAAUUCAAGGGUAACGAAUUCAAGUGACACCUUAAGAAAAAGAGACAUUGAUACAAUAAAUACAACAGCUAUAGAAAGCUCCAAAAUAGCAACUGGAAAGCCAGAAGCAUCCUGCAAAACCAUUUCCGAAGAAAAAUGUUUGAAAUUGUCUAACAAAGGACAGAAACUAGACGUAAAUGGAAAUUCUUCAAACACAGAAGUACUUGACAAACAAGAUGAGCCUUCCUUGUUAAUAAAUGACAACGAAAUAAAGUCUCGUGUUACAAACAUUGAUCAGUCUUCGGCUAUUAGUGAUAAGCAAGUAAAAUCGCCAGCCCUAGUCACUAAGGACGAGAAAACAGCUGAGAUAGCAAAGAAGACCAAUGAAAAAUCUAAGGAUACUAAAAAUAAAGUGAAAAAUAUUGUGAGGAGACGAGAACAAAGAAUGCAACCUAAAAUAACGCCUUUUGGGCUACGCUUAGGUCCAUAUCAUUGUACAAUGCCAGAAAGUUCAGAUUCGGAUUCAUCAGAUUCAGAAAGUUCCCUAACAUCAUCGUCCAGCAGCGAGAGUGAACCGGAAACCAUUCAGAAACGUCUUAAAAGUGAACAAUUUAAAAGUGAUAAACUUCCCGAUCGAGACGACAAAACCUCGACUCGAACCCAAUCAAACGCAUCCAUCAAGUCAUCGUUCUCCACGUCGACCAGAACCACCUCCAUUUCCACCUCCUCCACUGAUGACAGUCCUAAAGGUCCUAAGAAACUCAGGUUCCGGAAGUACGAAAUUGAUGAUUUUGUGUUUCUGAAAUUGCUUGGCAAAGGCAGCUUUGGAAAGGUGCUGCUUGCUGAACUGAAAGGGCAUGACAUGUAUUUCGCAAUAAAAUGUUUAAAGAAAGAUGUUGUUUUAGAAGAUGAUGAUGUGGAAAGUACUAUGAUUGAAAGGAGAGUUUUAGCAUUAGGAACUCAACACCCAUAUAUGUGCAAACUGUACUGCACAUUUCAAACUAAGAGCUAUCUGUUCUUCGUCAUGGAAUAUUUAAAUGGAGGAGAUUUGAUGUUCCACAUUCAAGAGGAGAGACAGUUUGAUACAAAGAGAGCAAUGUUUUAUGCUGCAGAAAUCGUUAGUGCAUUAAAAUUUUUACAUAAAAGAGGCAUAGUGUACAGAGACAUCAAAUUGGAUAACGUUGUUCUGGACAAAGAUGGCCACAUUCGUCUUGUGGAUUUUGGAAUGUGUCAGUGUCGUGUUUAUAAUGAGGAAACGAUGCCUUCUAAUUUCUGUGGAACACCAACCUACAUUGCUCCAGAAAUUAUUUUGGGUCAAACUUAUAAUCAGUCCGUUGAUUGGUGGUCAUUAGGAGUUCUCUUAUUCGAAAUGCUAGCAGGAAGAUCACCUUUUGUUGGUACAGAUGAAGAUGAAUUAUAUUGGAGCAUAUGUCAUGAGGAACCAGCUUAUCCUCAUUUUCUAACAAAGGAUGCAAAAAAUAUCCUUGAAAAUCUACUGCUAAAAUCACCUGUGAAGAGAUUGGGAAUGCCAUCAAAUCCUACAGGUGAUAUUAAGGACCAUCCAUUUUUCAGUACAAUAAAUUGGGAUAAAUUGGAGAGAAAAGAAAUACCAGCUCCAUUCAAGCCAACUGUGUCAAGUGAAUAUGAUACAAGAAAUUUUGAUAGUUAUUAUACUACUGAUUCCGCCAGUCUGAGUCCUGUUGAUGAUCAAAUCUUGGAAUCUAUGGAUCAAGAACAAUUUCAAGGAUUUAGUUACACAAACCCACACAUUACUGGCUGACUUCAUAUUCUGAAGGAACAACUGUGAAGUAAUGUAUCAAACAAUAAACAAUGUUUGUUUUCUUGAAAGGAAAAAAAAAAGCAUUAUAAAGGAACUGGUCUGCAUCAAUUUCAGAGUGUGCAUUUUACUUCAAGGAUGUUCAAGAUUACUAGCUGAUAUAUUGGAUCGGAUUGUAAUUCCAAAUAUUGAAGAUCAACCAGCAAGUGUGGGCUUUUCUAUUUUUAAGAAGUGGUUGCAAACUAACAAAUGUUAUGAAUUGUUGCAUUAUACAUAUUUUCAACUUUUCAAAGGAAACAUUUAAAAACAAGUUUAAUUUGCAACCUAGUUGUGAAAACACUGUAUUAUAGACAAUUUUUAAGGUCAUUAACCAUUUUCAAUGUGUUAUUGAAUUUAAUAUAUGAAUAUAGUGUUUGCAUUUUAUUAUAAAUAUUGUAAAUAUGGUUUGUUUCAGUUAUAA